AUGUCGGAGGGCGGCGCGCGGCGACGCGCGAGCGGGGGCUCGCACCUGGAGCGGAUGGCGUCCCUCGUCGACUACAGCAGCAGCGACGAAUCGGACGGCGACGCGUGGCAUCCGAGCCACGACCGCGGCACCGAACGUCGUCCGCCCGACCCGGUACCCCCCACUGCCGCCCCGACCACCCACCCGCCUCCGCCGUUCGCCGCGCGGAGUCCGAGUCCUCCCGCGCCGUCGGAGGCGUCGCCGAUGGACGUCGGAUCCCCGGGGACGGACAACCGCGGGUCCCGAUCCCCGGGGGAAAUCGAAACCGAUCCGCUCCCGACGACGACGACGAUUCAUACGACGACGACGCAUACGACGACGACUCGUACGACGACUCAUACGACGAUGAGAUUCAACCUCGGCGCGUCGCCGUCGCCGCGUCACCCCACGCGGCGACGGUCAGAAACGGUCAGAAACGGUCCGCGCUCGCCCGGGUCCGGGGCACUCGGGGCGUCCGCCGCGUCCAGGCUGGCGUCCAGGCGCGCGGCGAACAGACGCGCGGCGGCCGUCGGAUCGGAGGGAUUCGCCGCGUCGUCGUUUGCAUCGCCAAACACAAAGUUCGAUCAGACGCAAACGACGGCGAGCCCCAAGGAGGAGGCGACUUUUUCGGGAACGCCGGAGUCGCCCCCGCCGUUCGAUUUUUUCUCCCCGGGAGGCGUCGACGCGUCCGGGGGACGUCGCCGUCCGGGCUCCGGCGCCGCGGGGUUCGCCGCCUCGCCGCCGUUCUCGCCGAAUCUUUUUUCGCCAAAUCUUUUUUCUCCAAAUCUUUCUUCGCCAAAUCCUUCCCCGUUGUCGCCAAACGCAAACGCGAACGCGAAUCCGUUCUCUCCGAACGCGUCUUUCGCGUCCGACGUUUCGAGCGGAACGCCUCUCGCGCCCGGAACCUUCGCGAUGGGCGCGUCCGCGUCGUCGUCGUCCAAUCGACGGACGCCGACCGGCAAGAACGGCGGCAAGAACGGCGGUAGGAACGGCGGUAAGAAGAACGGGGACGAGGGGACGCGCGCGAGGACCGCGAGGACGUUCGAGUUUACCCCGCCGCCGCCGCCGCCGGGAUCGGGCUCGUCGUUCACCCCCGCGGCGUCUGCCGGAUCCGCGCCGCCGCCGGCGACGAUGCCGGACCUGAACUUUGCGGGGUUUAACCUCGGCGCCGGGUCGUCGUCGGAUAAGAAUAAGACGUCUUUCCGGAGAAACCUCCGAUCGGACGGGACCGAUCGCCGACGGGGCGGGCCCGCGCGAUCGUCCGGGCCGAGACGCGCGCGAGGUGCGCCGCCGUCGUCGUCGACGAAGCCGGGGGGUGAGUCACCGGGGGGUGAGUCACCGCCCGGUGAGUCACCGGGGGGUGAGUCACCAGCCCCUGGCCCGUCGUCGUCGUCGCCGUCGCCGUCGGGGUCGCCAAACCCCGCGGAUUACGGCGCGGACCGCGGGCCCGCGCGCCGCGCGCGAAGGCCCGCGAGGGUGACGGUUCGUUUCUUCGACGAAACGGCUGGAAAACGGCUGGAAAAGGACCACCGGAGCCCCGUGGACGUGCUCAGGGAGAGAACCGCGGCGAUGAACCUGCGUUCAACCGGCGGUUCAACCGCUUCGUCCCAAAACCACGCACCCGACGCCUUCGACGCGCGUUCGUCCUUCGCGAAUCAUCCGUCCCGCGGAUCGCCGUCCGGGCGCGCCAAGGCGAACGUAAAUCCCGAACACGCGAGCGCGGCAACUCGCGAGAAGGACGAGGGCAACGAACACUUUCGCGCGGGACGAUACGCCGCCGCGUUCGCGAGCUACACCCGCGCAAUCGAAAUCGAAUCGACGCGUCGUGAUCGCGGAUCAUCACGCGGGGUGGGUACCGGCCGCGACGUCGCCGUGUGCUACGCGAACAGGGCGGCGACCAGGCUCAUGCUCGCAGCGGAAUCGACCGCCGCGGGGGGCGGCGGCGUUCGCCGGGGCGUCGUCGGUAAAAACGUUAACGGAGACGAAAACAAAAACAAAAACGCAGCGGCGGAGACGAGGCUCGCUCUGGCGGACUGCCGCGCGGCGCUCCGCGCGGACGCCGGCUUCGACCGCGCCAGGCUCCGCGCGGGCACGUGCCUGGUGCGCCUCGGCGCCUUCGCCGCGGCUGAGGCGGAGUUUAACCUCGUCCGGAGUCACCCGGAGGCUUGCGAGUUGGCUGGGGAGGCGGCGAGGGCGAGGCGAGCGGUGGACGCGUUGAGGGCUGAGACGCUCCCGUGGCUGAGACGACGCGCGAUUCGCGGCGUGGCCGAGGGUGCCGAGACGGCGCGGCGCGUCGCCGUCGGUCGAAACACCGGACAAAACGGCCAUAAAAACGGCCAUAAAAACGGCCGUACAAACGGUUCAUCCGAUGUUCGCGUCGCGGCGGAGAGGACGGUCCAAGUCGUCGCUCCGCUGCGUCGCCUCGCGCCGCACUGCGCCGUCGUGGCCGAGGCGCACGCGAGGGCGUCGCUGUGCGUCGGUGCCUUCGCCGAGGCGACGCGCGCGGCGGACGAGGACGGCUUCGGGGGCGCGAUCGACGAAACCUCGGGGUUGUUUGACGAGGACGCCGUCGACGAGGCGGGCGGCGUCGGUCCGGACGUCGCGGGUUCGAACCCGGCGUCGUCGAAGACAAACAAACAAACAACCACCGACGGUUGGCGCCGCGUCGUCCGCGCGCUGGCGCACUUCGCGAGGGGAAACCCCGGGGCCUGCGUCGACGAGCUCGCGGGUCUGAGCGCCUCUUUUGAAAAAACCAAAGACGUUCGCGACGGGGUUCGAUCCGGCGACGUUCACGACGAGGAAACGGCAUCCCUCGCCGCCCUGCGACGCGUCGCGACAUCGCAGGACGCUCAUAAGCGAGCCGGCAACGACGCGUUUCGCGCCGGCAGGUUCGACGACGCGGUCGCGCGAUACGCGUCGGCCAUCGACGCUGCGUUUCAAGACGACGUUUCCGUUAAAACUUCAAAAGAAACUUCUCCGGAUGGUACUCCCGACGACGAUUCAUACGACGUCGGGUGCAUGGGCGCGGCGUCCGUGUGCUUCGCCGCGCUCUGCCUGUGCAACAGCGCCGCCGCGGCGCAGGGCGCGGGUGAUCUCCUCGACGCGCUCGCGUAUUGCGGGGGAGCGUUGGCGCUCAAUCCCGCGCGAGGAAAAUCGACGCUUCGCAGGGCUCAGGUUUCGACGUCGCUCCGGCUCUCGUCCGACGCGAUUGGCGAUUACCGAGCGCUCGUGCGGUUGCUCGAGGGUGCGUCUGGAAAGGUUUCUGAUUCUUCUGGAAGGGUUUCUGAUUCGCUGUCGGACGCGGGCGCCGGCGUCGACGUCGAAUCGCACCUCGCCGCCGCGAAGGCGGCGCUGCGCGAACUCGCCGGGAAUCGAUCCGACGACCCCCCGGAUCACUACGCCACCCUCGGGCUCGUACCACCCGACGUCACCGUCGCCGACCGGGUCAACCGAACGCGUCGCGUGCAGCAGACGGACGUUCGACGCGCGUACCGAGCGCUCGCGCUUCGUCACCACCCCGACAAAUCUUUAAAAACCUUUUUAGGUUCAAACAUCCUCGGCGCGGCGUGCGGGAUUUGGCCGGGGUGGGAUUCGAACCGACGCGUGGACGACGCGUGCCCGAGCCCCCACGAGCUCAUACGCGCCGACGCCGAUCGGAUCUUCAAGCUCCUGGGCGAGGCUAACGCGCGUCUGUCGGAUCCGGCGACUCGAGCCGCGUACGACGCGGAUGAAAUCGCGAGGGCUAAUAGUCGAGCCGGUAGUUCCGAUCGGACGCGAAGGGGAGGUUCCGGGUUCGAUCCCCGCGGGGGACACGGCGGGGCUGGAUCGCGGUCGUCGACGCGGGGUCGGGGCGGCGACGCCGGCGGAUGGAGAGGGAAGGGCGCGGGGAGGGAAGAUGGACACGCCGGUCGAGGAGGCGACCGUUUCAACAACAAUUUCGGCGGCGGCGGUCGGGGUCGGGGCGGGAGAGGCGGACGAAGGUGGGACGGGUUCGGCGCGUCCUACGGCUUCUGA